CUCUUGUACUUACCACCGUACUCGCCUGACUACAACCCCAUUGAAGAAGCCUUCUCUAAGUUCAAGGCUUUCAUACGUCAUAACAUUGACUUGUUCAGUGUUGCCAAUGGGCCAGCUACUAUGUAUCACCUUUACGAAGCGGCUCUGAUCAUCACAGCAGAAGAUGCACAAGGAUACUUUUCCCACGCAGGAUAUUUGUAA